AUGGGGCUGGCAGGGGGCUGGCUCCUGCUCGAGAGUCUCUCUCCUGUCGGGGGCUAUGUGACGAUGACAGUGUUUGAUGCAUUGUUGGCGGACCUUGAGUCCACAACAUCUCACAUUUCAAAACGACCACUCUUCCUAUCUGAUGAGACGGCCUACUCUCUUCCUGUUGGGGGUCAUAACCAGCAAGAUAUCUCCUUUUCACCCCAAGGCCUAUCCAUUCCGACUGAGAAAACCCUCAAUGGAGGACAGGAAACAGAUGUAAAUACUUCAAGAGAUCGUAGCAGUCCACUUCAAGCACCUGGAGAAGAGGACCAUGUAUACAGUUUUCCGAAUAAGCAUAAGAGUAGUGAGUCUUCACCUGCAUUUAACCAGUCCUUUGGCAGUAACCUGUCAGAGCUGGACCGCCUGCUGCUGGAACUCAACUCUGUGCAGCAAAGCACACCCGCCUUCCCUACUGAAGAGGAGGCAGCUCCACCCCUCCCUGCCAGCAUUGUGGUCCACAGUACUCAGGAGAAUGGAGUGUCCAUUCCACCCCAGGUCUCGCCACCUGCGUUGGAAAAGCGCAGUGUCACGGUCCGAGGAAUAGAAGAUGUACGACCAAGUGUAGAGAGCCUCUUGGAUGAGCUGGAGAGCUCUGUACCCUCACUUAUUCCUGCUCCCUUGGUGGUGUCGGAUGGGCAAGAGGAAACACAAGCACAGCAACAAGCACGAAUGUCUGCCUCCUCUGCUACACGAGAGCUCGAUGAACUGAUGGCCUCCUUGUCGGAUUUUAAAGUGCAAAGCAAUAUCCAGUCACAGGGAAAGACAUCUCCGACUGGACCACCAAAGCAAGCCAAUAAACUGGACAACAUGCUGGGGAGCCUGCAAUCUGACCUGAACAGACUCGGAGUCCAGACAGUGGCUAAAGGCGUCUGUGGAGCCUGCAAGAAACCCAUAGUUGGACAGGUAGUGACUGCCAUGGGAAGAACGUGGCACCCUGAGCAUUUUGUGUGCACCCACUGCCAGGACGAGAUAGGCUCCAGGAACUUCUUUGAGCGUGAGGGACAACCAUAUUGUGAGAAAGAUUAUCACAGUCUCUUCUCACCUCGAUGCCACUACUGCAAUGGACCCAUUCUGGAUAAAGUGGUGACUGCUUUGGACAAAACCUGGCACCCCGAGCACUUCUUCUGUGCCCAGUGCGGAGCUUUCUUUGGACCGGAAGGGUUUCAUGAGAAGGACGGAAAGGCGUUCUGCAGGAAGGACUAUUUUGACAUGUUUGCUCCUAAGUGCGGAGGCUGUGCCCGGGCCAUUCUGGACAACUACAUCUCUGCACUCAACUCACUCUGGCAUCCUGAAUGCUUCGUCUGCAGGGAGUGCUUCACACCGUUCAUAAACGGCAGCUUUUUCGACCACGAGGGUCAGCCGUACUGCGAGGCGCACUACCACGAACGGCGUGGCUCGCUGUGCUCGGGCUGCCAGAAGGCCAUCACGGGCCGCUGCAUCACAGCAAUGGGCAAGAAAUUUCAUCCGGAACACUUUGUGUGCGCUUUCUGUCUCAAACAGCUCAACAAGGGCACAUUCAAAGAGCAGAAUGACAAGCCCUACUGCCACGGUUGCUUUAUUAAACUCUUCAGUUAG